GGACUGGGAAGCGGAAGUGUGUUUCGCGCCAUCUUGUGCCGGGGCUCGCACAGUACCGGAGGCCUUCGGUGUAUUCUCUUGUGGUGUUACCGCACGGAUAGAGGACAGGAUGUUCCCGGGGGUUCCACGGAAGAAGAGCAGCGGGAAGCAGCAGGCGGUGGCGGACCUGUUGGUGUUCGGCUAUGCCUGCAAGGUGUUCCGGGACGACGAGAAGGCCUUGUACCAUGAGCAGGGCCGGCACCUCAUCCCCUGGAUGGGAGACAAGAACAUUCUCAUAGAUAGGUAUGAUGGGCGUGGUCAUUUGCAUGACCUAGCUGAAUAUGAUGCAGAGCACAACUCAUGGAACAGAAACUACAACAUAUCGGAAGAAGAGGCUCGUAUAGAAGCUUUGUGUGAUGAAGAGAGGUAUUUAGCGUUGCAUACGGACUUGCUUGAAGAGGAAGCACGGCAAGAGGAAGAAUAUAAGCGGCUAAGCGAAGCCCUUGCAGAAGAUGGAACAUAUAAUUCAGUGUGUUUUAAAUAUCGGAGUGAUUACUAUGAUCCUUCACAGCCCACAGAAGAGGAGGAGCCUCAGAAAGAAGAAAAAGAUUCAAGCGAUACUGAAGAUAAUGAAGAGCCUUUUAUUGCACCUGAAGGGAUGAAUGUGCCAUCCGAUGUAGAACUGCCAGCUACAGCAAAAAUGCACGCCAUCAUCGAACGCACUGCAAAUUUUGUCUGCAAGCAAGGUGCUCAGUUUGAAAUCAUGUUAAAGGCAAAGCAAGCCCGAAAUUCACAGUUUGACUUCUUGCGUUUUGACCACUACCUCAAUCCCUACUAUAAGCACAUACUGAGGGCCAUGAAGGAGGGACGCUACACCAUGCUGGCAGAAAAAACAAAUGAACAGAAAAAAACUGUAGUAGAUACAGUCGAGGAUUCGGAUGAUGAUGAUGAAGGUGGCGAUUACUUACAUCCAAGUUUGUUUGCGUCUAAGCGUUGUAGCAGGCUUGAAGAGCUCACAAAGCCCUUAAAGGUGAUUGAUCCAGACCACCCACUAGCGGCUCUUGUCAGAAAAGCUCAGAGUGAGAACAUGGCCUCUCAGUUAGCUGCUAAUGCUGCAGCUGCACCUGCUCCACCUCCAGCUACUCAGACAGAAAGCACUACUGAGACAACUGUGCCAUCUGCAUAUUAUAAUUACUACAUGCUACCUGAUGGAACUUACUGUUUUGCACCUCCCCCACCAGGAAUGGAUGCCAGUUAUAGUUCAAUACCUGCUGGGGAAAAUGCAACAAAAGAAGCUGCUAUACCUCCACCAUCCACCAUCUUGCCACCUCUAAGCAGCAGUGAUGACAGCAACAAGGUACCUGCUGGUUUAAGUGCAACAAGCACACUUGCGCCAGUCGUGGCAAUUAUUCCGCCACCUCCUGAUAUCCAACCUGUGAUUGAUAAGCUUGCUCAGUAUGUGGCACGGAAUGGAAUUAAGUUUGAGACUAGUGUCCGAGCAAAGAAUGAUUCAAGGUUUGACUUUCUGCAGCCUUGGCACCAGUAUAAUCCAUACUAUGAAUUUAAGAAGCAGUUUUUCAUGCAAAAAGAAGGAAUUCCUUCUCAGCCUUAUACAUCACCAGAUGACAACAUCAUUUCUACAGAAUCCCUAGAUGACCCUGUGAUGCCCAAUGAUACUGUGGAUGAUGAAACAAAUGCAGGUGAAGCAUCAAGUGCCAAAGAUGAUGCAUCUUCUAGCAAUAAGGCUGUAUGUGAUGGGAAAAUGAAAGUAUCAUUUGCUCCAAUAAGCUUUGCCAUAAGGGUGAAAGAAACGGAUCUUCUUCCUUUUGAGAAAAACAGAGUUAAAUUAGAUGAUGACAGUGAAGAGGAGGAACAAGGGGAUGCCAAAGAUGGACAGCAAAACAAAACCAGCACUUCUAGUAAUAGCCAGUCCCUAAACACUCCAACUAUUGUUGAAGAAAAGAAACCUCAGUUAACUCCAGAGGAACUGGAGGCAAAACAAGCAAAGCAGAAGCUGGAGGACAGACUGGCAGCAGCAGCCAGAGAAAAAUUGGCACAGGCAGCCAAGGAAUCGAAAGAGAAACAGCUACAGGCCGAACGCAAAAGGAAGGCAGCACUUUUCCUGCAAACACUAAAGAGUCCAUUGGAGGUGGAAUUGGGAAGGACAGAAGAGAGCAAUUACAGCCAAGAGGUUGGGAGCACCAUGAACUAUGGACUUUUACCAGAAGAUACCAUUGUGCCUACUACAGAGUAUCCUAUCACAUCAAGGUCUCCAACUCAAGAAUACUCUCGAACAGAAAGAGAAAAAAAGAAGAAGAAAAAGAAAAAAAGAUCCCGUUCCAGAUCACAUUCUCCAAAGAUUCAUUAUGAGUCCAAAUCCCGUUCCCAUUCAAAAGUCAAGCAUUCUCUUCCUACAGCUUAUAGAACAGUUAGACGCUCCAGACAGGCUGGGAAAGAUCUGGAUCAUGUGACUGCUGUAUAUCAAUUAGGAAAAAGAUCUCGCUCACGUUCACCAAGAAAAGUUUCUCAGUCAUCAGAAAGGAGACGAGAAGAUGACCGGGCAGUUUCAUGUUCUUAUCGUGUUGGAUACGCUCCUGGAAACAGCAGGAAACGAUCACGUAGUCCACAUGAAAAUCGGAAGAAAAAGCAUUCCAGGUCAGAAUCCAAAUCGAAGGUGAGGGCAAGUUCCCGCUCACCCAGCAGACAUGGGACACACAGUUCAACACACUCUACCAGUAUCUCUCCUGUGGAGAGCAGAGGGUCCAGCCAAGAACGUUACAGGGAAAACGCCCAGGACAAAGAUGGCCAUAUUACGUCAGAAAUUGUCUCUUCAGUUCAGUCCAAAAUAACUCAGGAUCUCAUGGCUAAAGUGCGAGCAAUGCUGGCAGCCUCCAAAAAGAUGCAUUCUAGUGCUUCCUGAUAUGUUCCGUACAGUCACUGCCAUCAACAAAAGGAAGACUUUGAGAAUGGAUGUGAUCUGAGAUGGUCUGUAGUUUCUUUGAAUGCAGUGAUUUCCUUGUGAAAUCAAAUCAGCAUUUGGUCAAUUUUUCUUUGACCCUUUCAAGUUAGCUGUUUAUAAGGUUCUCAGCCUGCAACUUAAUGGAAUAUUCUUUCUAAAUCCGUGAUCUAAAGUGAUUUUAUUUUGAAAGCAACCAGCUGACAAUGGUCUAACCGGAUGUGUUGCCCAGAAACAACAGUUCUGAUGAUUGUCCAGGCAUUUUAUAUACAGUGACCAGCAGCUGCUCAGUGUAUAUUUGUACAAAUGGUGUUUCUGUAUAAAGUGAUGCAAAAUAAAAAAAAUUUGGAAUGGAAAAGUUAU